AUGGAAACGGUAUCACGGCUCGCCUUGAUGGCGAUCCUCACGCGCGUCGGCUCGCCAAAGGAGGAGAAGGUGGCGUGGAACGGGUCGAGGGGGUACCUGCCCAUCAUCACGGUCCAAGACUACGACGAGGAGGCGGCGUUGAGGAGGGUGCGGGUGGACCGCUCCUCCGGCGGCGCUGAGGCGAAUGAAUGGUGGGGUCUGAGUCUGGCAGAUGUCGCCUUUGCGGCGUUGCUGGUGAUGCAGUGUGUUUCUGUGGUGUUUGUCGAGGGGUGGGUUGUGUGGAUGGGCAUGUGUGGGGAGGACUUUGAGGUGUGGGUUUGGUUGGCCGAGGUUGCGUCGCCGGGGCUGUUGGUCCUCUUCAGCGUCUCGUUUUCGGGGCUGUUGUUGUAUGGGGUGAAGGCGCGGACGAGGCUGGCGGAUUUGGGGAUGCAGGCUGCCGGGAUGCUGUUUUUUGUUGGGUUUUGGGUUGCGGUUUGGAGGUGGUAUCGAGAGGAUCAGAGGAAGAUGCAGGAGAAGAGGGGGAAGGGGGUGCUUAGGGAGAGGGAGAGGGGGUAUGGGACUACAUCUGGGGGAUUGGCUUUGGAGGAUGAGAGCUGGGAGGGACUUGUUGGUGAGCUUUCGUGA